AUGAUUACUGUCACCUCCAAGCUCUCUCUCCUUCCUCCAUUCUUCUCUGUCGUUAACUCUUCUUCUUCUUCACGUCCCAAAGAUGUGAAUAUAGAGCCCAAAAAGAGAGUGAAACUACGAGAUGACUGGAGGGAGAGGUCAAAACCUAUACCACCUGGAGGCACCUAUCCAGCAAAAGAUCAUUGCAGUCGAUGUGGGCUAUGUGACACCUACUAUAUAGCUCAUGUGAAGGAUGCAUGUGCAUUUCUUGGAGAUGGAAUGUCAAGGAUUGAGAGCUUGGAACCUGUUGUGCAUGGUAGAGGAAGGAAACCAGAUUCCUUAGAAGAUACAUACUUUGGGGUCCAUCAAGAGCAGCUAUAUGCUCGUAAACUGAAGCCUGUUGAAGGAGCACAGUGGACUGGAAUUGUCACUACCAUAGCCAUUGAGAUGCUGAAAUCUAACAUGGUUGAGGCUGUUGUUUGUGUGCAAAGUGACCCUGAAGAUAGAUUGUCUCCAAGACCAGUAUUAGCCAGGACACCUGAAGAAGUUUUGGCAGCAAGAGGCGUCAAACCGACUCUGUCUCCUAAUCUGAAUACUCUUGAACUAAUCGAGUCUUCUGGAGUGAAACGGCUUCUUUUUUGCGGUGUGGGUUGCCAAGUGCAAGCUUUGAGAUCAGUGGAGCAGCAUCUUAAUCUUGAUAAGCUGUAUGUUCUAGGCACUAAUUGUGUGGACAAUGGAACACGGGAAGGACUUGACAAGUUUCUUAAAGCGGCUAGUAAGGAUCCAGAGACUGUUCUCCACUAUGAGUUUAUGCAAGAUUACAAGGUACAACUUAAACACCUGGACGGACACAUUGAAGAGGUUCCCUAUUUCUCUCUACCAGCAAACGAUUUAGUUGAUGUCAUAGCUCCAUCUUGUUAUAGCUGCUUUGAUUACACAAAUGCAUUGGCGGAUUUGGUUAUCGGUUAUAUGGGAGUUCCAAAGUAUUCAGGUGUGAACAUGACUGACCAUCCGCAGUAUAUUACAGUGAGGAAUGAGCGUGGGAAAGAGAUGCUAAGCUUAGUAGAAAACCUUUUGGAGAUAUCUCCAACAAUCAGUAGCGGAGAUCGGCGACCUUUUGUGACAGAGACGGUUAAGGCAGAUGAUGCUGCUAAGUUUGGUCAAGGUCCUGCUCAGCCUGCGCCACUAUUUGUUGGGAACAUAAUCGCAUUCAUCUUAAAUUUGGUUGGUCCUAAGGGUCUUGAAUUUGCUCGGUACUCAUUGGAUUACCAUACCAUCAGAAACUAUUUGCACGUCAACCGAAAAUGGGGGAAAGAAAGAGCCAACAGUCACAUGCCUUCAUAUUCCAAGAAGAUAGUAGAAAUGUACAACAAAAACGGCCAAAUAGAUCAAAUGCUCUCGAAGAAAUGA